CGACGACCAAUGCUUGCCCGACCCCUGCGGCUGUCCUGCCCACCCCCUGCCCUUCGCCAUGCGCGUACAUAUGUCGUAAACCUAGAUCCACCGCGGGUCUAUCCAAACAAGCCCGGGCCGCGCAAGUACGGCGCGCGCAAAAACCACCUCUUCAACAAGUACACCCACUUGAUCGAGUCCAGCUCACAAAAACCCGUCCUCCUUUUCCUGCACUCAGGAUUCACGGUGCCACGUCUCCUUCAGCUGCGACUCGACAUCGCCAAAGCUGCGGCACGUCAUGCCAGCACACCGUCGUUAGCUGGGCCGUCGCCGACACCAGCACCCGAGCCACCAGCCUUCACGGUCAUCCGGUCGUCCAUCUUCGGCGUCGUGUUGCGGGACUUCGCAACUCUGGACAGACAGUCGGUUGUCGACGUCGCGAGCAACAUAGAGGGCGGUCUCGCGGCGCUCAGCUUCCCGAACCUCAACCCACCGCAACUGAACGCCAUCCUCAAGACGCUCGAAAAAGCGCUACCACCGCCUCCCAAGAAAACCGAGGCCGACCUCGAGCGGGAACGUAAUGCGGCGGCGGCGGCGUUCGUGCCAGGCCGGCGACCCAAACGCCAGCGCCCAACGCCUGUCCCGCAGCUCAAGCUCGUGGGCGCGCUCAUCGAGGGCCGGCUCUUCCAGGCGCCAGGCGUAUUGGAGGUGGCGAAGCUGCCGACAUUGGAUACGCUGCGCGCGCAGUUGGUGGGAAUGCUGAGCGCUCCGGCGAUGCAGCUGGCGAUGGUCCUGGGCGAGGCGAGUGGCGCAAAGUUGCACCGGACGCUGGAGGGGCUGAGGAGGGGGCUGGAGGAGCGCGACGGCGGGGCGAAGGAGGAGGAGGCUUCAGCAGGGUCCUCGCCAUAGUCUGUGUGUCGUUGCGAGCUGCAUGUUUGCCUAUCGUAUAAUGCUAAUUGCUCAGUGCCGGGAGGCAAACAGCUUUCGUAAUGUCUCCGAUGUCUCCGUGGAACCCGGCGGUGACUGUUAAUACGGCAUUUGUUCUCGAGGUAUGCUAAUGGUGUCAAGCACAGACAGCCACUGGCUGCGCUCAUGUGUAAACCCGACCUUGGUCCGGAACCGCUCACCGAGUCAUACCCAGGCUACCGUUUGGCAGCCGAACACACUCAUUUUUGCUGGCCCGUCAGAGCAGGGGGGCUGACCGUGCC